AUGCCCCGCAUCGACGAACAUGCGGUGGAUUCCACCCAGAACCUCGUGCCUCCCUACGCGGAGGGUCAGAAGCGCGACAGAUGGUCUCGCCCUUCCAUCCCCCGGGAUCCCGCCAAGAUCGUCGAGGUCCCCUCGACCCGCGAUGCCAUCAGCGAUGCCUCUGCCCUGAUGCACAACCUGAGCUUCGCGCCGUCCAUGAAGGACCGUCGGGGCUCGCGGAAUUCCUUCAGCACUUCCUUGCCCAUUCCCCGGUCGCCGCGUCUCUCGCGGCUGUCAACGGCCUCCCGGCCCAGCACGGUGAAGCGGGACAUCCUCGCUUCCCAGAUCCAGGAUCUCCACAAGGACAAGGUCGAGAAGGUGAAGAACAUGGCUUUCGCUUUCGACAUUGACGGUGUCCUGGUCCACGGCAGCAACCCCAUCCAAGAAGGAAAGGACGUUCUCAAGAUCCUGAAUGGUGACAACGAGCUCGGCAUCCAAUUCCCCUACAUCCUGUUGACCAACGGCGGUGGAAAGACCGAGGAGGCUCGUUGCCAACAGCUCUCGGAGAUCCUGGAACAGCCCAUCUCCACGGACCAGUUCAUUCAAUCGCACACCCCCAUGCAGGCUCUUUCCGAAUACUACGAAACCGUGCUGGUUUGCGGUGGCGAGGGCUACAAGAUCCGGGAAGUUGCCCAACAAUACGGCUUCAAGAACGUGAUUCACCCCAAGGACAUUCUCGCCUGGGACCCUACCAUCUCGCCAUGCCGCGUCUUCACGGACGAGGAGCGCAAGCACGCCCAGCCCCGCGACUUCUCCAAGGUCCAGUUCGACGCCAUCCUGUGCUUUGCUGAAUCCUUCGACGCCAUGACCGACCUGCAGAUCAUCAACGACCUGCUCAUGUCGGACAACGGCCGUCUCCUCACCCGCGGCCCCAAGGGCGCCGAGCACAUCCCCAUCUACUUCUCGCAGGGUGACUUGCUCUGCCCCACGGAGCACAAGGGCCCCCCUCGUCUCCACCUGGGUGCCUUCCGUCUGGCCGUCGAGGCCCAAUACAAGGCCACUAGUGGCCAGGACCUGGAGCGUGUGCUCUACGGUAAGCCCGAGCGGGCUACUUACAUCUACGCCGACGAGGUCAUGAAGUCGUGGAUGGAGGAGAUCCACCAGCAGAACAAGUUGCCCAAGAACAUCUACAUGGUCGGAGACAACCCCGCCUCCGACAUCAUUGGUGGUAACCUUUACGGCUGGAACACCUGUCUGGUCCGAACGGGUGUCUUCCAGGGCGGCGAGAACGAUGAGCAAAACCCCGCCAACUUCGGCGUCUUCCCCAACGUAAUGCAUGCUGUUAAGUCGGCCAUCCGCAAGGAGCUGGGCGACGACUUCGGCUUCAAGUGGGAGCCCAAGAUCAGCAACCCUGUCUUGCAUGGCGAGUCCUCCGCGUCCGCUAUUGAGUAA